CAAACAAAAAGUCAAAGGAAGAAGACUCCUCUUUCACACUGCAACCAGCCUCGAUCCAGAUAAAUAAUUUAGAGAGAGAAGGAAGAGAGAGAAAGAGGGGGAAGUUUGCGGCUUUGAGCUCUGUGUUUUGUGGUUGAAAGGGUUUCGAUUCAGGCUUCAAUAGUAAGAAGAUAUUGUGGAAGUGUAGAGAGAGAAAUAAAGAAAGAGUGGAGAGAGAGAGGGGAGAGAAUCGCGUCGCAUGGGAUGGGUUUUUUCUCUAUAAUUUGUUGCGGAAAGGGUUUUGAUCGGAAAAAGCAGGGGACGAAGCAGUGGACAUGGAGAGUUUUUUCUUUGAGGGAAUUGCACGCGGCGACGAACAACUUUAAUUAUGACAACAAGCUUGGAGAAGGUGAAUCUGGCAGCGUUUAUUGGGGUCAGCUGUGGGAUGGAUCACAAAUUGCAGUUAAGAGAUUGAAGGUUAGUAGCAGCAAUGUAGAGACAGAAUUCACUGUUGAGGUUGAGACAUUGGCACGUAUACGGCACAAGAAUCUGCUCAGUUUACGUGGCUAUUGUGCUGAAGGGCAAGAGCAUCUAAUUGUGUCUGAUUACAUGCCUAAUCUGAACUUACUCUCUCAUCUUCAUGGGCAUUCCUCCUCAGAAUGCCUUCUUGAUUGGAACCGACGAAUGAAUAUUGCAAUUGGGUGUGCUGAGGGAAUUGCCUAUCUUCACCACCAUGCAACCCCACACAUAAUCCAUAGAAACAUUAAAGCAAGCAAUGUUUUACUAGAUUCAGAUUUCGACGCUAAGGUUGCUGAUUUCAGAUCUGCAAAGCUAAUACCUGAUAGUGAAACACAUGUGACAACUGGAUUGAAGGGGUCUCUUGACUACAUUGCCCCAGAAUAUGCAACAUUGGGAAAGGAAUCAGAGAGCUCUGAUGUAUACAGCUUUGGCAUACUUCUGCUAGAGCUUGCCAGUGGCAAGAAACCUGUUCAGAAGCUCAGUGCAACCAUGAAGCGCACAAUCACUGAUUGGGCUCUGCCGUUGGCAUGUGAGAGGAAGUUCAGCGAACUUGUGGACCCAAGGCUGAAUGGGGAGUAUGUGGAGAAAGAGUUGAAAAGAGUUGUAUAUGUUGCUCUAAUCUGUGCUCAUAGCCAGCCCGAGAAGAGACCUACGAUGCUUGAGGUGGUGGGGCUACUGAAGGGAGAAUUAAAAGAGAAGUUUUCUGUUCUACGAAAUGAUGAAAUGUUCAAGAGUCCUCAGGCUGCAGUAACUGGUGCAGAAGGCGGCUCUAACUUCAAAUCCGAGGAUAGAGAAAUAAAACAGCAAUCAAUAGAGUUAGAAGAUGACCGUGGAACAAUACAUGACGGCUGAACUUACAGGUUGCAAGAUUAGAGUGUGUGGGUGUAUAUUAUAUAUGAUAUUGAUUAAAUUACAGUGAUUUUCCCCCCUUGUUGGGCAUGGUGUGGCGUUGAGGUAUACUAUUUUUUUUUUUGUUUUUUUGUUUUCAUCGGGUAUGGUGACAGCCUAUAGAGUUGAAACCAUGGUUACAAGAUAGGUUUGAACAAUUUAGAUUAUAUGGUACAUAGGUACUGUUGCCUCCGGCAAAUAAUUUUUAAAUUUUAUGAGAUUGUUGUAAAUAUUCCAAGUAAUUCCACAAAAGGGUUACAUAUCUGGGUUUUCCUUA